UCUUUCUGUGCAGUCUGCCUGCACUCUCAUAUAAUAAGACCAGAGGUUGUUGUCAAAGUGAAAGUUGGUCUUAUUUGCAUUGCCCAAAAAUGAGAGAAAACUUUGAUGAAAAUUCUCCUAACUUCACUUCCAACCUUCCUGUUCCUGCCCUGAAGCUCCUAGAUUGCUCCCUUAGGGUUUCAGUGAUUCCUCUUAGCAUUGCAACCAUAUGGCUCACUGUGACAAACAAACAAGACAACAUCAGCUAUGGGAAGAUAGAGUUCAGCAAUUUCAUGGGCCUCAAGUACAUGGUUUGCAUCAGCACCAUUUCUGCUGCAUAUGUUUUUCUGGCAACUAUGGCCUCAUGGAUCAGAUGCUUGGUGACUAAAGCUUGGCUUUUCUUUGUCUCUGACCAGAUUGUGGCUUACUUAAUGCUCACAUCUGUAGCUGCAGUUAUGGAGAUACAGUCUUUGGCCUCCAAUGGUGACAGGACAGUCUCAUGGAGUGAAGCUUGUAGUUCUUAUGGAAGAUUCUGCAGUAGAAUGAAGGUGGCCUUGGUUCUCCAUGCCUUGGCCCUUUGCAGCUUCAUUGUCUUAGCUGUGAUUUCAGCUUAUAGGGUCUUUAGCAUGUUUGAGCCACCUGCUGUUUCUCAUAAAGAGGUGGAUGAAGAGAGGACUUAGAUGGGUUUUCUUCCAUAAAUCUGAAGAACAUAAAAUGAAAUAUGAUAUAUAUAUAUAUGUAUGUAUGUAUGUAUGUAUGUACGUAUGUAUAUUUGUGAAAUGACUAGUUUUGAAGUGUUUCCAAGUAGUUGGAAUAUCUGUCUCUCCAGAUUCAAAUAAAGGUCUAUGCUUCUAACACAAA